AUGCGGACUAGCAGAAGUCUUCUCCGCAUAAACUCUCAUUUAGUCUGCGGGGCAAUCCGGCUGGCGGUACUCUGCGCAUCGCGUGCCGCCGCGCGUACUGCCGAACAUGCAUACGAGUUCAAAUCUGUCACGAUCACAGGAGGAGGCUACAUCACCGGCAUCGUGGGCCACCCAACCAAAAAGGACCUGCUAUACGCCCUUACCGACAUCGGUAGCACCUAUCGCUGGGAACAGGAGCUGAACAAAUGGAUCCCAGUCACCGACCUCGUUGGCCCCGAGGACGAGAAUCUGCUGGGGACGGAGAGCGUGGCUACGGAUAUCUUUAUUUGGCGCAAGGCCGGUUCCCGAGUUCCAAUAACUCUGCGUUCUUCGUUCCAUUCCGGGCAGCCGAUGCAAUGGAGGGCGCGCAUUUUCUUAGCGAAGCGGGCGACAUCAACGGAUUCCGGCCCGAUGAUCUCGACACCCCGCAGUCGAUGUUCGGCCUCCCUGUUUCUCGAACCUGAACACAACCUGGGCGUUAUGACCAUCGAUGCCUCCGGAAAGUACGUCAUCUCGCCAUCUGUGCAGGCUGAGACCCCGCCAGCGAACGACUCCGGUCCGUAUGCCUCGAACGACGGGGGCAAGACCUGGGCAUCGCCUCACGGGCUGACUAUGCAGACACCAUACAUUAGCUCUGACCGCGUACAGCCCAAGACAUUCUACGCUUUCUCCGGUGGCGUUUGGUACGUCAGCACGGACGGCGGCUUCUCAUAUGAUGCUGUUGAUGCAACAAAGCUGGGAUUACCUGCGCACACCGGCGCUGUCCCCGUUGUGAGUGCCGACAGGGCAGGCGAGAUCGGGCUAGCACUGGGAAGCAAUGGACGCAUCAACCACAAGGGAACAGUUGCCGACUUGAUCACCGUGGGUGCAGCUGCUCCUGGGUCUGUGAAGCCGGCACUGUUUAUUCGAGGUUCCACUGGUCAUCCGAAGAAGAGUGGUUAUAGGGUCUAUCAGUCAGAUGAUAACGCGUCAACAUGGGACGGAGUUGAUGAUGACGACCAUUGCUAUGGAGAGUUCGAUCUCAUCCAGGAAGACCCUCGAGUGUAUGGACGUGUGUACCUAGGUACAGGCGGCCGUGGUCUUCUCUACGCAGAUAUUGGCCCGCACGAUCAGGCAAGGAGGGGAAUGUACCAGGAACAGGAGGUAUUUGAUUAG